UGGUCAUCUGUAAAUGGUUAUUCCAAUAUCGUUGAGCAUUGCCAGCACAAGGUAACAUGCUGAACGUCAGAAGUAUGUUGGUGUUUGUUGUCCUCUGCUGCCUCUGUGUCAGGAUAACCCCUCUAAAUGCAAAUCUGGGGGACAAAGAGAACCCACGUUCAGCAUCUGAACAUCCUGUUGGGCGCCACAACAUUUCCAUCCAUGCUGCCACAGAGAAAUCUUCCAAUACUUCUUUAGAUGUCUCUGGUGUCUCACUGCAAGUCCCAUCAGCCCUGUCCUGGCUCAUCAGGAUCCCUCUUAGCUUGUCCCCUGACUCUGUAGACGACAUGUACUACGGCUGCUCCCACAGGAUGCUGAUCAAAGUGAAGCGUCACUACCUCCCACUGAGCACCAGAGAGGGCCUGGACUCUACUUACACCAAACUCUGUGCUCUGAAAGCCAUGAAGACUAAGGACUUCUAUGACCGGCUGUCCUGGAAUCACUUUAGGGCCCUGUGUGCCUACACAGCCGGCUCAUAUGACAACUUAAACCGAGCAGUCCGCAGAGGAAAGGCCUCCUACAAGACCUCCUUUGAGUUCCACGCCCUUCACUUUCUACUUUCAGAUGCCAUCAGACUCCUAAAACUCAACCAGAGAAGCUGCUAUACGAGCUACAGAAGAAGCAAACUGCUCUUCAGCGGUGAAUCUGGACAAACUGUACGCUUCGGAUCGUUCGCCUCCAGCUCCCUCAACAAGGACCUGCGGCAGUUUGGACGAAGGACCUGCUUUGAGAUCCACACUUGUUUUGGUGCCUACCUGAAGUCAUACUCUGACUUUGACUCAGAUGAGGACGAAGUGCUGAUUCCUCCGUAUGAGAUGUUCACUAUAGUGUCUGUGGACAUGUCAGGAGAGAAUGACUUAAACUGUGAUGUUUUGUUCAGGCUGGAAACUGCUGGAGUUUACAGCAGUCUCAACUGUCAGGCUGUGGACUUGCCUUAAAAAUCAGUGUUCAGUUUUAAAAUAUAAUUUAAUAAAUAAGAAUGUGAAACCUCAUUUGUUACCUUUAUCGUGAUGAAAAAAUAUUUAAACAAUGACACACUUUUAGAGCGAAUUAAAGGUUUAUUCUUGACCUUGGACCUGUGAGUUUAGCAGAACAAUCUUCAAUAGUUGUCCAAAGUCUUUUGCAAAAGAUUACUAUUACCUAGAGACAUCUGCAAGUUUGUUAUAACACAGGAUGUGUGUUUUUAAUCCUGUGUGAAUCAAUCAUGUCUGUAAUUUGCCAAGUAGAAAAUCCAGGGCAAAUUACCUUCCUAUUUAGCAGCUGGCUGUGGUUGCUUGCAAUGCUGUUUGUGUGAGCACCCAGGUUGUGCACAACCUUCAGACUGGACAUGCAAUGAUUAUGCAUAGGAAGGCAUUCAAAGCUAUAUAUAUAUAUCUCAAUAUCUUAUGUUAAUGUGUAAUAUGUCUUUUCUUUAAGUAUUCCCUUAAACAGGCAUCAUGUAAAUACACUGAAAUAUUUAAUUCAUAAGUUUCUCACAGAUCCUUACUGUAAAUCGUGU